AUGUCUGUUCUCACUGCCGGCCUCGUGGCCGCUCUUGCUGCCUCGCCGGUGUCAGCCUUCUGGCGGCUACCCUGCAAGUCCCCUAUUGUCGUUGAGCGUGCGGACCCUAUUGUCAACCCUGGUAUGGUGUCUGGCCACUUGCACACAAUCAUGGGAGGAAAUGGGUUUGGUUUCACCAUGGACUACAACUCAACCCAGGAGUCUACCUGUUCUUCUUGCACAGUGAAAGGGGACUUCAGCAACUACUGGAUCCCAGCCUUGUUCUUCCAGCACCAGAACGGGACUUUCGAAAGCGUCGACCAGGUGGGCGGCUCCACUGUGUAUUAUCUCCAGCGGGGUGGCGAUGGGGAGGCUCUGAAAGCAUUCCCUCCUGGCUUUCGUAUGAUCGCCGGUAAUCCCUUCAAGCGCACCGGAGGCGAUGAUUUUGCCACCCAAGCGAUCAGCUACAACUGCCUCGACUACAACGGUCCAGCAAAACCAGAAACCCCCAACUUCCCGAACUACAACUGCCCCGAUGGCCUUCGAUCCCAAGUCUUCUUCCCAUCUUGCUGGAAUGGAAAGGACUUGGACUCUCCAGAUCAUAGCUCUCACGUCUCGUAUCCCGCAACUGCUUACAAUAAUGGUCCGUGCCCAGCCGACUUUCCCGUUCAUCUCAUCUCCAUCUUCUACGAGGUCAUCUGGGAUACUGGAAAAUUCGCCGAUCAGUGGUAUGGGAACGAACAACCAUUUGUUUGGUCUAUGGGCGACCCUACUGGCUAUGGUGGCCAUGGUGAUUUCGUCAUGGGCUGGGAUCCAGAGUUGCUCCAGUCUGCUGUCGACCAAUGCACCAACCUCAGUGGCCAGGUUGAGGAUUGCCCGGUUUUCGACCUCAUCCCUGACGCUCAAGCGGAAGGCUGCCGUAUCGAACCUGAAGUCGACGAGCAAGUCAGCGGCCUGCUCUCGGCCUUGCCCGGUUGCAAUCCCGUUCAGCCUGGGCCUACCGCCACUCCCCAAUCCGGCUGCGGUGCCACCACCACUAUCACUCCAUCUAACGCAACCUUUUUCACUGAUCUGACCAGCCAGGGAUGGUCAUAUAUGGGGUGUGGAACCGACAACUACUACAACCGUAUUCUGACCGGUGCAAGCGAGUCCAACGGUCAAAUGACCAAUGGCAACUGCGUUAGUUUCUGUGAGAGCAAGGGCUUCUCCAUCGCUGGUUCCGAGUAUGCAGACGAAUGUUAUUGUGGUAACUCCAUUCCCGCUAGCGGCCAGCCUGUUCCUGGCGUUGUUGGGUCUUGCACCAUGACCUGUGCUGGCGAUGACUCCCAGUUCUGCGGUGGUUCAGGAACCAUCUCUCUAUAUCAGAAGUGCUCAGGUGACUCAUGCACAAACGCCCAGUUCGGUCCCAGCUCUUCCGGCUCCGUCCAAGUUGCCAAUCCGCCGCCGGUUGUCUCAUCUUCUUCUGCUGCCGCUCCUGCCGCUGCUCCUUCAUCAACGUCCUCGAGUGGUCCGUACACCGCACCCAGCUCUCCUACCACCCUUGCCACGAUUGCAACCUCCGCGGCUACGAGUUCGUCACAAACGCCCGAGUCGGCAGCAGCUACCCCAGUUUCGGUAAAUACAACUUCUGCUUAUUCUCUCUCCAAUGAUUAG